AAUGCAAUACUAACAAGGAAAUAUUAAUGCUGAGUAUCUAAGUGACAAAGGAUAAUAUCAAUAACCUCCUUAAGGUGGAUAUUAAUAUCAACCAAUUUAAGGAUAGCCGGUAAUUGGAUAACCUGUCCAACAAUAGUAUAUUCUUUAAACAAAUAUUAGGUACUAAUAUAACCCCUAAACUCAAAUAUAAUAUCCUCAAUAACCAUAUGCUUAAUAUGCCUAAUAUCCUUAAAGAGUUUAGUAUGGAAAUGGUUAUUAAUAACAAAUGGUCGUCCUUCCUCAAACCGCUCUUGUUGUAGCUGUUUAACCAAUUAAUCCUAUUGUUGCUAAAGAAAUGGCUUUACGAUCAUACACCAGAUAGUAAAUUAUUUAUUAAAACUUAGUUUCUAUGGAUGCAAUUGCUGUAUUGGUGUUCUAGCAAUGAUCUUUUUAAUUAUUAGAUGCGUGGCAGCAUUUUAACAAGGAGGAUCAGAAGUAGCUGCAGGUGUCAUGUACAUUAUUUCGUAAUUAUAUUCUAUUAAUUGAAGUGAUUUCUUUUUUGUUACUGGAGCAAUAUGUGGAAUUUAUUCGAUUAGUAGAUAUGUGGAAAGACUUCUAUUACAUUACUAAGUCUUAUUGGUCAUAGCUUUAGUAUUUGAGAUCAUAGGGUCUAUCAUUAUAUUUGCCACUUACAGUGAUAAUGAAGAUGAUGAUCAUGAUGAGGAAGACAGCUAUACAAAGAAUGAUAAAGAUAAUAGAAGGAGUGUUGGGUAUCAAAUCAUUCUUAUCAUUAAGAUUAAUAUUUUUUAUAGUAUCCCUUAUUAUAGUAGUCAUUUGUUAUGGAAUGUUUAUCAGAUAUGCUAGACAAAUUAGAUAUAUGAUGAUUGAUUUGAAUAUUACAAGGGCAAAUUUAUAGAAUUAAAAUAUUUAAUAAGGACCACUCUAGAACUAAGGAGUAGUAUAUGGAGGAGCUCCAUAGAUUUGAAU